GAAGACCUCGGUCUGCUCCAGUUCAGAGGGAGGCUGCAAAUGGCUUUCUCCUGGGUAGACUGGGGUGUCAUCUCUCAGAUCAGACCUGCAUACCUGUAUGCAGUUCUUAGGAAGAGCAAAAGAAGAAACUAAGGCUAUUCGCCCACAUUGCACAGUGAAUGUAAUCCUAUUAGAAAAGAUUUAGAGGAUAAGAUGUCUGUCAACCCAUAGUGACACUGUUAAUAGCGCAGCAUUUCCUACUAACAGUGAGUGAGCAUGAAGGGGAAAGGAUGAUAUGCUUUCUUGCAACAUUCACAAUGACAAAAGGAUUUGCCUGUCUGGUAAAAGGAUGCUGGGUGGCAAUUUGAUAAAGAUUUUUGGCAAAUGUCAACCCAAUCAGCUUCCUCCAUCUCAUUUACAUCCCUUCUGGCUUGGAGAGAUCUAGUGACAGCAUUACACCAUGAGGAAAUAAGCUAUGCCAAUCUAAGGACCCAAACAGGUUUCAGGGUCUGAUGAGGAUUCACUCUCUAGUCCUGACUUCUUCUGGAGAACUUGAGUCUAUUGCAGAAUGGUAUCACUGCUGUACGCUUUUUUACUCUGGGCCGCAUGGGCUCAGUUUCCUGUUGUCAAAACCAAAGAGGCUGUUGAAGAGUCUAAAACCAUAGAUAAAACAGACACUUCUCAGACUAACACACAUCGAGUUAGCAGCAGCUUAAUGCAGUGUGGUGAAUACAGCAAUGAAGUGAUGCCAAACGGACAAUGUCGUUUAAUAGCCACAUUGCCUCAGCUGGAGGAGCAGAGGUGUCCGGACAUGUUCCGCUGUACCGAUGAAGUCUCCUACUGGCUGCGUGAGAACGAAGAGCGCAAGCAGCAAAUGCAGGACCUGAAAGAGACCAUUUCAGAGCUUCAAGAAGAACUGAGGAAUCACAAGCAUCGCAUCAAAGUGCUGGAGCUGCAGCGUGAGGAGAAAUAUGGAAUGAACUCGAACUCGUCUUUAGAGCAUCGUUUCCACACGCUGCAGGAGUUCUAUGAAGAGGCCAAUGCACUGCUGCACAUCCAAGGAUCACUCAUCUAUGACAUGCAAAGACAGAUUCGCAACCUCACUAUGAUAGUAGAGCGUGUGAGGCGCAAUCCUGGCUGUAUGAUCAAUAUCAUCCGCACAAGCCCGCUCCUCGGCGCUCAGGAUACCCUUCACCCAGAGGUUCAGCAUGUACGAAACUGUCCAAUUGACUGUGCAUCCCUGUUCUACAAUGGAGUCCAUAGAUCUGGGAUUUUUACUGUUGUCCCUUCAAUAGGAUCGACUCCUGUAGAAGUUUAUUGUGAUAUGGAGACCCAAGGAGGUGGAUGGACCAUGUUUCAGCGUCGACAGGAUGGAAAGGUCAAUUUCAACCGCAAAUGGACAGAAUAUAGGGAUGGCUUCGGAGAUCUGCGUGCAGAAUUCUGGCUAGGAAAUGACCAUAUCCACGGUAUCUCCAGCCAGGGAGAGUAUUCCCUCCGCAUUGACCUCGAGGACUGGAAUGGCAAGCACAAACACGCACUGUACCAGAACUUCUGGAUUGAGAACGAGGACAACCUCUAUCGUCUCCAUGUAUCGGGAUUCAGUGGUACGGUUGAGGACUCGUUUGGCUGGUACCAUGACAAGCAAAGCUUCAGCACUCCAGACACAGGUGACGUCUGUGCUGAGAUAUCUCACGGAGGCUGGUGGUACCAUCAGUGCUUCUUCGCCAACCUCAAUGGAGUGUAUUAUAAGGGGGGGCGUUACUCUGCCAAGGGGAUGAAUCUUCUGGGGCCUGAUGGGAUUGUGUGGUACUCUUGGAAGGACUCAGAUUACUACUCCUUGAAGAAGGUGAGCAUGAUGAUCCGCCCACGGACCUACAGGCCACGCCUCUCCCCAUAACAACACAGCUUUAGGACCGGUGUAAAAUAAUACUGGAGUGACAUCAUCAGGUCAUUGUUGAUUCUCUGUGACUAAGCAAUUACGUAAACUGUGGUUAAAGGGAAAGUCUCAUCUGGACUCGUUUUGGUCAAACUUGUCUCAUAAUCUUGGUCUUUGACAUACUGAUGCAUUCUAUGAAUUGUAACUAAUAUAAUCAAUUUAUCAAACAACAUGCAUUAUUAGGUUAUAAUGGAUUUUUUUUUGCUUUAACAAAAACAAUUGUAUUUGUUUUGGAUAAUCAUUAUUAAAUAGAAAUAAUUCAUAAAUUGAUAUAAUUUUGAUACAUACUGUAUACUUUGUUUAAUCUUAAUUGAUGUUACUGUUACACUUCAUUGGUUAAAAAUACUCAGAGGUGUAUUUUUUUUUAAGAUUAAGUUUUUAAAGAAGUCCUGUGACCAGUUGCAACAAAACCCUUAAAGGGGUAGUUUACCCCUAAGUAAAAUUUUCCAAACCAGUAUGAGUUUCUUUCUGCUGUUAAAUACAAAAAAAGACACUUUGAAGAACAUGGGUAAUCAAGCAGUAGUCAUCGACUUCUAUAGUAUUUUCUGUACUAUAGGAAAUACAAGUCUUAAGGGGUUUGUUGCAGCCAGUCUCUGUAUUUCAUGAGAACAUUUGCUAUCCUAUUUGAUAUGGCACAUGCAAAUAUGUUUGCUGUUUAAGCCUCAGUGAUUUUGUGUAAUUUAGAGGCAACAGGUGCUCGAACAAUCCCCAAAUGUACAGCCUUUUAAUGCCUAAAUGUAUGUUUCACAACAUUGUUUACAUUUUGUAACUAUUUUGAGAAUUUAUAAAAAUGACUUCGUUUUUGACAAAUGUCCUGCUAUUUUAUCUUUCCAAGUUCUACCUCUCUGCUAUAAGUUUCAAACUACUUUCCCAUGAGAUAAACAUAUCUGCACCAUCCAUGAAGACUCGUUGUGCCUAUCACACACUAACAGGACGGGUGGAGCGGACCAGCGAAUGAAAGUAGCACUGGACUAAAAGAGGUUUUGAGGGGCAUCACAUGAUUUGAUGAUUGUUUGCAUUACGGUACCAGAUGAAAUAAGGGACUCCUUACUGUCAAAACAUGGAAAAAGUCUAAACUAAAGCUGCCUCAAGUUUAAGGGAAGGAAAUAGUUUUGGAGAAGAAAGUGUUUCUUUGCUUGAGGUCACGCUCACAUGAACCCUCGCCAACACUGAGGUCAUCACGUUCAUUUCCUCUUCCUUUCUAAGGUAAAAUAUUUAUUUUCUCUUUCAAAGAGAGAAAACGGACCCUGAG